GGGCGGGACCUUUAUGAGACGAAUGCGCAUCUCACAACCAAUGAACAGCACUUCUAGUGUACAGCGAGCUGUAUAAGUUCAGAAGCCCAACAACAAAACCUCAUCAUUUAUUCGGUCAAAAAAAGUUGUGUGGCCAUGACGCUGUAUUUGACGUUGUUUACACUGUACCUAAGUGCAGUGUUUGCUGCUCCAAGUCUGGACUUUCAGCUGAAUGACCAUUGGAAUUCAUGGAAAGACUGGCACAGUAAAAACUACCAUGAGAAGGAAGAAAGCUGGAGGCGAAUGAUUUGGGAAAAGAACUUGAAAAAGAUUGAAUUGCACAACCUUGAGCAUUCCCUUGGCAAGCAUUCAUUCCGUCUAGGAAUGAACCAUUUUGGUGACAUGACGAAUGAGGAGUUCAGGCAACUCAUGAAUGGUUACAAGCACAAGGCUGAGAGGAAGUACAAGGGGUCUCUGUUCCUUGAGCCCAACUUCCUUAAUGUUCCAAAAGCGGUUGACUGGAGAGAGAAGGGCUAUGUCACUCCUGUGAAGGAUCAGGCUCAGUGCGGUUCUUGCUGGGCCUUCAGUAGCACUGGUGCCAUGGAGGGCCAGCAGUUCAGGAAAUCCGGCAAGCUGGUGUCCCUCAGCGAACAGAAUCUUGUGGACUGCUCUCGACCUGAGGGGAACCAGGGCUGCAAUGGUGGGCUCAUGGACCAGGCUUUCCAGUACAUUCAGGACAACAAUGGCCUAGACUCUGAAGAAUCUUACCCAUACCUGGGAACUGAUGACGGGCCCUGCCACUAUGACCCUCUGUACAACUCUGCCAAUGACACCGGCUUUGUGGAUAUUCCCAGUGGGAAAGAACAUGCCCUCAUGAAGGCUGUGGGUUCAGUUGGCCCUGUCUCUGUUGCCAUUGAUGCCAGUCACGAGUCCUUUCAGUUCUACCAAUCUGGAAUCUACUAUGACAAAGACUGCAGUAGUGAUGAGCUGGAUCAUGGUGUCCUUGUUGUGGGUUAUGGCUUCCAGGGCCAGGAUGUAGAUGGCAAGAAGUACUGGAUUGUCAAGAACAGCUGGACUGAGAAGUGGGGUGACAAAGGAUACAUCUACAUGGCCAAAGACAGGAAGAAUCAGUGUGGAAUUGCCACAGCGGCAAGCUACCCACUGGUGUAAAUUCAACAAUUAAUUCAGUUUUAGGAUAUUGGAGUGGUUUGAUUAGGACAUGCCAACAUCCUAGCCUUAAUGAGGCCUUGGUACAAACAGAACCAUGUAUGAUUUAUGUGGUUUAAUGAAACACUGUAAUAGGGAAUUUGUGAAAUACUGCUUUGUUUUUAUAGAUUUCAUUUUAUUUCUUUAUUUUUGUUUUCAAUAUAACUGUUGGAGGCCUUUUAAAGGUGCAUGGGUUUUAGUAUAUACUACUAUUGCUACUACUACUGUGAGUCUUUUAAUGUGAAUGGCUGUUUUAAUUUUUAUAAGUGCAAUAUACAAAUGUUGAUUUUUAUAUACAAGUAUCUACGGAACCUUUUUAAAUGGAUUUGUUUUAUUAUGUCGCUGCACCCUUAAAAUGGCAGAGGUUGUCCUUUUGCAUUCCAUUUUCAAAUCGCAGUACAUUUGGAUGAGUGGGAAUUCUAUUUUCAUAAGAAUGUCCCUUGUGUUAAUUUGCACAAUUAUUUUCAUUCACUGUACUCUCAAGUCAAAAGGCCAUUUCAAAUAUCAGGAAGGAUCUGAUCCCUAUAUGCCUAGUUUUUACUAUGAAUGUGCAUGUGUUGAAGCCUGAUUGUGUACGUUUACAGGAAUUAUCUGUGUGCUCAUAAGCGUGAUUUUUUUCUAGCCACUUUAAUGCAAAUACCUUAAUGUGGGAUAUGACAAUUAUGUUACAAGUGAGCUGUGAGGCAGCCACUUUCCUGUUUGAAUGUAGUGAGCUGUAACUAUUCUCUGUUUCCAAGGAAAUGUGAAUUAUACUAAUAAAAACAAGAUGUACAAAUCAA